UCUGAAAAGGUUUCACGCCUCAUCAACUCAUUUGGUCAGGACUUGGUAUUUGGUGCGAUUGGUGGGCGACAAAGGCCCCCAAAGCAAGUUCUACUUUCAUAUGCCGUGAAAUCUCUUGCCAACAAUGUUGAACUCUUUCAAAUCUUACACCGCUGUGGUCAUGGAAUUGCGUACCCCCAACUUGAAGAGAUAAAUACUUCGUUGUGCCUUCAAAAGCUGGCAUCAACAUCGCAGAACGAACUUCCUCUUCCCGACAACAUCCGUCCGUUUGUCAGUACCACUCCACCCUGGGAUAAUAUUGAUUGUCUUGAGGAGACUUUUUUUGGUGAAGGUACGUCCCAUGGAGUCAAGGGAAUCGCGGUUCAAGCUAAUCAUUUUGGUCCUCAUCCUCCAUCAGCUUCGGCGCUGAUCAUCGUGAAAUCGAAGAGGAGAGGUAUCGAGUCACUGGAUGACGAAACUCUAUCUGUCUACAAUGCUGAUGAGCGCUGUGAGCUCCAUUCUAGAGGAUAUAUGGAGGUAAAGCUAAAUCAAAUCAUGGAACGUGCAUGGAAAAAGAACUUGUUAUGGAUUUUAGUACACAUUCAUGCAAGUGAGAAGCAAUCUGUU